AUGAGAAAAUUUUGUAGAAUCUAUUGGAAGGCUACGCCCUAUUGUUCUAAGUGGACUGUUUAUUUUUGCGUUCAUCAUAGGCCUAUCAGACACCGCCGUUAUGGAUAUGAUGUGGCAGUGGCUGAUAUUGUCAGGUACAUUAACGACCACGAGCAAGAAGACUGCUUACUGGUUGGGUUUUCAAGCCAAAAGGUCAAUCCUUUUCGCGAGAAAAGUUCUUGCACAGUUCUUUAA